GGCGCUCAUCAUGCUGAGGGGCGAGGGGAGCCUCCCCGCCCGGGAUCCCGGUGCACGGCCCCGGCUGCGCCCGCCGCCGCCUCGGGGAAGCCGGUUGGAUUUUCCCCAUCUUACAGCACCUCGCAGGUCUCUUCUCUCAGCAGUACGUUGCCUGAGUGAGUGGAAACACACAGAUCAGCUGCAGGUUUCUGUCUACAGAAACAGAGUGAAAGAGAAAGAAAAGGGUUGGGAAAGCAGAGACAAAUAUUGACCUGGACUUAUAGAAAGACAUCCAAUGGCUGAAUAAAGAACCCCUGUUCAUGUUUUGGGAUAUUCUUUCAACUGGCUGGAACGAGAGCGGAUCAAAAGAAUGGGAAAUGCCAGCAGACCCUUUAGAAGAAUUGCUUAUUUCUUAUGCCUUUUAUCUGUGCUUUUGCUGACUGAAGGGAAGAAACCAGUGAAGCCAAAAUGUCCUGCCUGGUGUACUUGUACCAAAGAUAAUGCUUUAUGUGAAAAUGCCAGAUCUAUUCCUCGCAGCGUUCCGCCUGAUGUUAUCUCACUAUCCUUUGUGAGAUCUGCUUUUACUAAAAUCCCAGAAGGGAGUUUUUUGCUCACACCAUCUCUGCAGCUUCUGUUGUUUACCUCCAACACUUUUGAUGUUAUUAGUGAUGACGCUUUCAUGGGCCUUCCUCAUCUAGAAUAUUUGUUCAUAGAGAACAACAGCAUUAAGUCAAUUUCAAGAAAUACUUUCAGAGGACUGAAAUCUUUAAUUCACCUGAGUCUCGCAAAUAAUAAUCUCCAAUCGCUUCCAAAAGACAUAUUCAAAGGCUUGGAUUCUUUAACAAAUGUAGAUCUUAGAGGCAAUGCAUUUAAUUGUGACUGCAAACUGAAGUGGUUAGUGGAGUGGCUGGGCAGCACCAAUGCAACUGUUGAAGACAUUUACUGUGAAAGCCCACCAGAAUAUAAGAAGCGCAAAAUCAAUAGCCUCUCACCGAAAGAAUUUGAUUGUAUUAUUACAGAAUUUGAAGUUUAUCAGUCCCUGCCAUACCAAUCUCUGUCAGUAGAUACUUUCUCAUACAUGAAUGAUGAACAUGUGGUUAUUGCUCAGCCCUUCACCGGAAAAUGCAUCUUUCUCGAAUGGGACCACGUAGAAGUGAUGUUCAGGAAUUAUGACAACAUAACAGGUACUUCAACUGUUGUGUGUAAACCCAUAGUUAUUGAGAGUCAGCUAUAUGUCAUUGUCGCACAGCUGUUUGGAGGCUCCCACAUAUAUAAAAGAGAUAUUUUUGCUAAUAAGUUUAUAAAAAUUCAAGAUAUUGAAAUCCUUAAAAUACGAAAACCCAAUGACAUUGAAACUUUCAGGAUUGCUGAAGACUGGUAUUUUGUUGUUGCAGACAGUUCAAAAGCUGGUUUCACCACUGUUUACAAAUGGAAUGGGAAUGGAUUUUAUUCCCAUCAGUCUCUGCACGCCUGGUACAGAGAUACUGAUGUGGAGUAUCUUGAAAUAUCCGGCAAACCACAUUUAAUUCUGUCAAGUAGUUCCCAAAGACCUGUAAUAUAUCAGUGGAACAAAGGAACAAAUGAAUUUGUUAAGCGUUUUGAUAUCCAAGAUAUGGAAGAUGCAUAUGCAGUGAAACAUUUCAAGGUGAAAGAGGAUGUAUACAUUUGUUUAACAAGAUUUAUUGGGGACUCUAAAGUAAUGAAAUGGGGUGGUUCAGCAUUUCUGGAUUUACAAAGGAUGCCAUCCCGAGGGUCAAUGGUAUUCCAACCGCUUCAGAUAAGUAAUUAUCAAUAUGCCAUUCUUGGAAGUGAUUAUUCUUUCACUCAAGUCUAUUAUUGGGAUGCUGAGAAAGCAAAAUUUGUGAAGUUUCAAGAAUUAAACAUACAGGCACCAAGAUCUUUCAUACAUGUCUCCAUCGAUAAACGAGAUUUUCUCUUUGCUUCAAGUUUUAAGGGAACUACAUUGAUUUAUAAACAUGUCAUAGUUGACUUAAGCGCAUGACACUCAUAAUUCUGAGAUUACAUCAGACUUUCAACCAUAAGUGGACAAAAUGAACUAAAUGCAUGAUGACUCUCUUAUCUUACUUCCAAAUGAAUGCCUUUAAAAGUUGAGAUUGCUAGAACAAAGUAUUACUAGUAUCUUCAUCUUUAAUUGUCAAGUCUAGUGGUGUUGGAAGUUGCAUUUUUUAACAAAAAGAAAUUAAAUUAACUGUUCUUUGCAUCCACAAUAUGUAAAUAUGUCUGCAACUGCAUCUGUUGCUAUAAAGAAUAUUAAGAUGUACUUUUCCAUUUAUUUAUUCACCUGUUUGAAACAACUGCCAAAUAAAAUGUUUACAUUUUGUGUCUUUCACAUUCCAAAUAUUAUUUGCAGGUGAUAUUUUUAUUUGUGUAUAUAUUAUACACAUAUAAAAUAAACCCAAGAAGGUAUGUUGCCCAAUGCUGAGUUGUACUGCAUGGAAGAUGCACAGUAUGAUCAGGUGGGUUUUACAUAUACAAGAAGUUCUUGAUGAAAAUGCAAUGUAGAAUCACAGUCCUAUAAAUGGUUACCUGGACGCAUCUUUGCAUUUAGAUGAAGAUUCACUGGUUCAAACUGGACUCCGUCCAGAAAAAAUGGUUCAAUUAUAUAGACCAGUUGUAGGAUGGGGCUUUGUACUGUGUGUAGUUGGAAGUAUCUGAUUGUUGAAAAAAAAUGACAGAGAAAUCAUCAGAAUGAAAGCUGAUGUGAAGGUCUUUCUUCCUCUGCCUCAUGUUGAAGCAGCACAGAAUGAAUCUCAGGUAUGACACUUGGGCUGUCAUUGUGCUGAAAGCUAGAAGCACAGCUUAUUUUGCAGCUAGCAUCAUUUCUGUAUCUGAGCUGUCACAUAUCACUUGUGUGAAUUCUGUGUAUCCCUGUCAAAUCUUUCC